AUGCCUUCCGUUUACCACACAUCCUUAUUCAUAUCAUGUAUAUGCUUGUUCAUGGUUUCGUGUGUUGAUGGGCUGAUGAACGAUACACUGAGAGACAUGUUGCUGACUCUUCACAAUAAUGCAAGAGAUGAUGUUCGAAAUGGAGCGAUAAGUGGACAGCCGAGAGCUAUUUCUAUCAAACACGUGAAAUACAACAUGGAGUUGGAGAAGAAAGCACAGAAUUUAUCUGAUCAAUGUCGUGUUGGACAUGACACAGACGCAGAGCGUAAAGUUCCGCCAUUCACAUAUAUUGGACAGAAUUGGGCGGGUGCAGCAACAGUCGAACUCGGAUUCAAUUCAUGGUUGAAUGAAUAUAAAAAUUAUGAUUUCUACGGUAGUUAUUGUUACAAUGGUCAAUGCAAUAAAUAUACACAGAUCGUUUGGCAGAAAACUACUGAUAUAGGAUGUGGCGUCACUGAAUGUCCUUCUGCCACAUAUAGACUGAGCAUCGUAUGCAAUUAUGGACCUGGCGGCAGUUACAUCGAUCAGUAUCCAUAUGAAACAGACCAGACAGGCGAACUAUAA